UUCUCAAUCGUUCGACUCAUUCUCGUGAGAUCCGAUAUCGACAGUCUAGUCGUCCUUGAGACUUCAGCCUCAAGCCCCGAAUAAUCCUCCAUGAGGCAUGGACAUGUCAAGAUCCUUGGAGUCCCACCGCCAUUAAAUUAGCAGCGUCAAUCACAUCAGCACGAACCCCCUCCUUCUAAAUGAGCCCAAAAAAAAAGCUGCCCCGCCAUCCCCGACAUUUUCCCCCUACCAUUCAUUGACCUUUAACCCCGCCAUCCCUCAACGCAACCCGCCUCCUCGACUUCUUUUUGCUUUGUGCUUUUUCACCGCAAUCUUGAAUCGCUCAGUCAGAACAAAGAAAUCCACUGAAAAUGCCCGUUGGAACUGUUCUCGUCACCGGUGGUACCGGCUACAUCGGCUCUUUCACCUCGCUCGCCCUUCUUGAGCACGGUUACGAUGUCGUUAUCGUAGACUCCCUCUACAACUCCUCAGAGGUUGUCCUCGACCGCAUUGAGCUGAUCUGCGGCCGUCGACCUACCUUCUACAAGGUCGAUGUCACAGACGAGAAGGCCAUCGACGAGGUCUUUGCCAAGCACCCUGCCAUUGACAGCGUCAUUCACUUCGCUGCUCUCAAGGGAAGUCACAUGUCAACCGGAGCGAUCAUCCACGACUAACACCAUCCAGGCUGUCGGCGAGUCUGGCGAGAUCCCUCUCGAGUACUACCGUGUCAAUGUCGGCGGCAGUAUCUCUCUGCUCCGCUCCAUGGAGCGCAACAACGUCAACAACAUCGUCUUCUCCUCCUCCGCUACCGUCUACGGCGAUGCUACUCGUUUCCCCAACAUGAUUCCUAUUCCUGAGCACUGCCCCAUUGGACCUACCAACACAUAUGGCCGCACCAAGUCCAUGAUCGAGGACGUUAUUACCGACUUUAUUAACGCUCAGCGAAGCAACCUGGAGAAGGCCGGUAAGGAGUUCAAGCAAUGGAACGGUGCUCUGCUGCGAUACUUCAACCCUUGUGGUGCUCACCCCACUGGUAUCAUGGGUGAGGACCCCGCUGGUGUUCCUUACAACCUUCUUCCCCUCCUUGGAAAGGUUGCUACUGGUGAACGUGAGAAGCUCUUGGUAUUCGGCGAUGACUACUCCUCUCGCGACGGUACUGCCAUUCGAGACUACAUUCACGUUGUUGACCUUGCCCGCGGCCACCUUGUCGCUCUUAACUACCUGCGCGAGAACCAGCCCGGUGUCAAGGCAUGGAACCUGGGUUCCGGCCGUGGAAGCACUGUCUUUGAGAUCAUCAAGGCCUUCAGCAAGGUUGUUGGCCGCGAUCUCCCCUACGAGGUCCGCCCUCGACGACAAGGAGACGUUCUCGAUCUCACUGCCAACCCCACCCUCGCCAACAAGGAGCUCAACUGGAAGACCGAGCUCACCAUGGAGAAGGCGUGCGACGACCUCUGGAAAUGGGUCAGCAACAACCCCAAGGGUUACCGACAAGAUCCUCCCGCCGAGAUGGUUGAGGCUGUCAAGGCUUCCAAGGCUUAAAAAUAGAAAUAAUGAUGACCAAGGCCACCCUUGUGCGAGCAGGCCUCUCGCAUUUCAUGGACCGAGAUGAAAAAUUCUUAAAAGAUUCAUGUUUUUUGGUCAUGGUUGAACCAUCCAUAUAGCAUUAUAGACAGAUAGCGCAUUCAAAAUAAAAAUAAAAAGGCUAGACUUAAUCGAUUUUAAUGAGCAACUUUCCAA